AUGCGCCUCGCGUACUACGCCGGCGCCUCCACGGCCGCAGCAGCAGGAUGUCUGCUCAAAGCCUUCCACCAACGACCAAACUUCUACAGCGCAACCGUCUACCUCUCGCAAUCCAAUGCCUGCCUCCUUAUCCUCACCAACCUCCUCCUCGUCCUGACCUGCAGCUUCAUCUACGCCUUACAACGAGCACUCUACGGCCCUCUACGACCAAUCGAGAUCGAGCAGCUGAGCGAGAAGGCAUGGUAUGCCGUCCUCGAUACCCUGCUGGCUAUGCCAAGCUUCCGCGAGGAUGUCGGAGGUUGGCUAUUAUGUAUGUUUGUGCUGUUGUUGGCGGGCAAGGUAUGGGGAUGGAUUGGAGAGGGCAGGGUGGAUAUUCUGGAGCAGGGACAACCGAUACCGCAGGGGACGAGCAAGAAAUGGUUCCACAUACGGCUUGCGACGAGUCUGGUAUUGAGUGUCGCGUUCGAUGUGGGCAUGCUGAAUUAUUGUGUCGAGAGCGUCAUGGCCGAUCCGCGACCGGGCAUGAUGGUCAUCUUCACUUUCGAAUUCGCGGUGCUGGCUGUGUUCAGUAUCUUCACCUUCUCGAGAUACUUGCUGAGUCUCAUGCAAGCUCAGAUCGAGGCGAAGCAGAUGCUAGAGGCUUUGGAAACAAGGAAGCAAGAGAUAAGAGCAGAGCGAGCAGCAGCACGACAGCAGGAAAUAGCAGAUGGCCGGCCAGCGCCUGCAUCGCCGCCUGACGAAGAGCCAAUUGAGGUGGACGAGAAUGAAGUGGAUGUUCCUGGCUGGGAAGAGAAGCGACGAUAUCUAUUCUUUCUGGAAGUGCUCACGGACUUUGUGAAGCUCGUGAUCUACAUUGUCUUCUUCACCGUCAGCAUCACUUUCAAUGGCUUGCCGAUGCAUAUCAUGCGCGAUGUCUACAUGACGUUUGCAUCAUUCAGCAAACGAGUCAGCGAUUUCGUGGCGUAUCGGAAGGCGACUAGCGAUAUGAAUACGCGAUAUCCAGACGCGACCACCGAAGAGAUCAGAGGCGAUGCAUGUAUCGUGUGCAGAGAGAGCAUGGUGGCAUGGGAACAGCCGGUGCCAGCUCAGGCGGGAGACCAACCAGCUGCUCCUGCUCAGCCACAAGCAAGAAAAGACGAAGGAUUGAGGGCGAAGAAGCUACCCUGCGGUCACAUAUUACAUCUGAGAUGUCUCAAGGCUUGGCUAGAAAGGCAACAAGUAUGUCCCACCUGUCGUCGACCAGUGAUACAAGCACCGGAGGCAGCAGCCGGAGUUCCAGGCCAACCAGGUGCAGUACCAGGCAACGGCGCAGCUGGAGCGGCAGGUGCACCACAUGGAGGACCUGGCGGAGCACGUCCUCGUGCUGGACGGGCACGAAUCUUCAACUUUGGACCACUUCGUGUUGGCUUCUUGAACGGGCCGGGUGACCAGAUCCAGCAGGUCAUCAACCAGAUGCGGAACCCUCAGGCUCCUGGCCAAGCGGGCGCACAAGGUAUCGAUGCAGCACAGCAAGGUCCGAAUCACCUAGGUCUGCAGGUACCAUAUCUGCCCGGUGCGGUGGGUAUGCCAGCUUUGGCCAAUGGUGGUGCGAGAGCUGCGGUGCCUACACAAGUGCAAUUUUUGCAGAUUGAGCAGCGGAUCAUACAAGAAGCGCAUAAUCUUGGUGUCGAGCAACAACAGCUAGCGACGCUGAGAAUAAUGGAAGCUGAAUUGGCGAGACUGAGGACAUUACAUAUUCCAGGGCAGCAACCUGUAGGCAUGGCUGGUGGCGCACAACGACAAGUUCUCCAUUUUCCAGCGCCUAGUGGGUUGUUCGCUGGGCCUGCACCAGCAUACCCGCAGCACUAUGCUGCAGCAAUGCCACAGCAGGAAACACUCCAUGGAAACCCUAGUCAGACUAUGGGAGCUGGUCACGAGUCUUUGCCGCAGGGUAUGGUGUUGCCUGAAGGCUGGACAAUCAUGCCUUUGCAACGAAAUCGUGGUGUCAUGCCAGCAGCUCAAAGUACGCAGCAGCAGCCGCCUAUACAGACUACGACGAAUUCCCAGCCGCAUGUGGACGGUACUGUUCCACAGCAUGCCCAUGCAUCGUCCUCGACCCCGGUAGCCGCGCAAGCUACAUCUUCCGUUCCCUCUCACACAGACCAAGGGCCAACAGACGAUCGAGGCUCGCCGCUCUUCACUCCAGCAGCCGCCGCAGCAUCAUUGACGCCUCAAGCAGGGCCUUCAUCGCCAGGCCCGUCAACGCAGUCGGCAGAACCUAGCUCGCAGCAGUCUCAAGGACCAGCGGCGCCAUGGUCAUCGAAAAAUGGUGGCUGGGGUUUCGAUGGCAGCUCGGUGAAUUAUCAGAACAGUGGUGAGGCUAUGUCGAGUGCGCAGGCCCAAGAACAGCAGGGUCUGGGUGAUAAGGGUAAGGGGAAAGCUGCGGAGGUUGAGGAUGCUGAAGAGGAUGAGGUGUUGUAG